GUUAGUGCCACUUAUGGGCUCGGCCAGACUCUGCUCGUCCUUGUGCAUUGAUUUGCAUGUUUGCUCAGGUCGCCCGCUUCCCUCCCUUGCUUUGUGGCUCUCGCUGCGUCCACUCGUUCGCUCGUUCGCUCGUUCGCUCGUUCCUCGCCCGCCCACUCGUACCCUCGCCUCCUCGCCCUGGCGCCCCUGCCCGCCCUCGGCCAGCUCAAGACCUCUCUCUUGAGCCAACAGAAUGGCCAUUGGCAAAUGGAUCCCAUUCGCGUCCAGCCAGGCUCCCGCCCCCGUCGUUGUAGAGCGGCCUCCCAUCGUCUCCGCUGCGGAUGCAAAGUGUUUUGGCCUCGAGAACGGGAGUCGCCCAUUCACUGUCUUGGCUCAGAAUUUGGUGUAUCAUAGGCAGUCAGUCCGGGGUGCUUGUGCGUUCCCGUUGCCGAGGGUACGGAGGGCGACUCGGGAUUCCCGCCGGGCUCGGUGUUUAUGGGCAGCGUGGGCGCGACGAGCACGCGCGCGCGCGGCGGCGAAGGCAAUUGUGGACAGGGUCUGGAGGGACGCGAUGCGGAGAGAGGGGCCGCUGGUACAAACCGUGAGUAUACACCUUCCGUAUGACGGGUCGAUGGAGAGAUGCUUGUGGGCUGUCCUGGUUGCGCACGUACUACGUUCCCGGCUAACCGUCCUUCAAGUUAGUGUACGUAUAGGUGGGGGGGCUAAUCGCUUGCGUUGCGCUUGGAUGCUAUGUGUAUUCUAUGGCAGAUAGCGUUUGCGUUGAGAGUUUUGUACGAUUUCAAUAUACA